AUGACAGAGUGGUGGUGGUGGUUUAAGGUGGUAGAGUGGAUAGAGGUUGCGAUGGUCUACCUUAUAGAUUGGGUGGCGAGUCAGAAGACCCGAAGUGAGGGAGUGAACUUGCGCACGGAUCGGGCAGCACCCUUGGUGGACUCGAGCUUGAGAGACUCAUAUCCAGGAAGUUAUUCCGCUACUGUGACUCUAUCAAAUACCAGCCUUGCACCGCAAGAGAUCCGACAAGAGGCCAGCGCUCGCUGUCGAUGCCAUGACUACCAGCGAUCGCCCUCAUGCAGAAGGUCUUCCAAGGUCUGUCUGGGGCUCAUCUUGAACUUCUCACCAGGCAUCCCCGCUCACUCAGUGUCUACCGCAGCCUUUCACUUCCUCGAUCUUCCACCAGAGCUGAGGGACCGGAUCUAUAGCUACGCGACAUCAGAUCUCAUCGACGACCACAGUUGGAAUCUCACCAACCUUAAGCCGCCACCGAUUACUCGAGUCAGCAAGGCAGUGCUUCACGAAUCUCUCGCAGUACUCUUCACCACGUGCCAUUUGUGCCUCUUCGUGGGAACAGAUUUCCAUCGCUGUGUUCCAUUCUCCGCCAACUUGAAAUCUAAUGCCACCUCGGACGCUGAGCACAGAAGUUGGGUUUCGCGUCAGUUCGGCUUACUAGAUAUCCAUCCCAUCCUUGAGCGUAUCAUAACAGGCGCGGGACCAUCAGCAAUCUUCAGGCGCAUUACUUUCCAGGCCUAUCAUUCCACCGACUUCGGUAUUCUUCGCGGUGGUCCUUACGAUCACGCUGAACGUGUUGCGACAGUGACGCUUUACGUGAGGAAAGGGAAGUUGGUAGUGGCAGAACGAAGUGAAGGUCGUCGCCAAAAGUUCCAGGAAACGCGUUGGAGCGGUUCUGAUACGCAGAAUGCUCUGACUCUUGCAAUUCAGGUCGCGGAGGAGGCGGUGGCAAAGGGCCACUUCAGCGGUUUCACCUUGGAGGAUCUGAGGACCAUGGCGAAGAGAUUCCGAACAGCACAGGAUGACUAUUUCGCUAAAUGA